CCGGCCCUGCCCCAACCAGCGCCCCCAACCCCGCUGCCGCCCGGUUCCCGGCCCGCUGCCGGAGUUCCCCCGGCAACGCCGUGUAAACGCACCCGCCCCGCUCCGCCAGAGCACCGAACGCCGAAGCGAACGGCCGGGGAGGUUGGGGCUUGGAUUUCGUGCCGCCCGGCAAAGGGGCACAGCUUCCAGCUGGGGAUGCCCUGUGGCUUCUGGGCGUGUUGCUGCGCCUCUGUCACCCUUCAACACCCGGUUUCAGGACUAUAAUACAUCUAAGGACAAUAUGUUUGAAAACUAACAAAAUAAAAGGAGAAGAAAAGAAGGUUGUGGAAUUGUUGUUGCUCUUCAAAAUGCAGAUAAAAUGAUGGAGGAAAUGCAUCAGUCAUACAAAGCUCUAGGAAAAAAUAGCCAAAUAGCACCAACAACUGGACUGUGGCCAGAUAAACAAGCGGCAUGUUUUAAAAGUAAAAAUCAGUUAGCAUUACAGAUGGGAGAGCACACUUCUCUACCUUUCUUGCUGAAGAAGGAGAACGUAAGACUUGGCUUUGACUUCAGCUUUCUGCUACAGGCCACAUGCACAGAAUCUAACAUUUCAAAAUCAUUUAUGGAUUUGGGUGCCUUUCAGAUCAUACAAGCACAUGCACGACAAAGGUUAAAUAUAACAAUAGGAGAAAAGAGGAACAAGAAAUCUGAGUUUCAUUUGCCACCAGUGACAUUUCAGCCUGUAAGAACAAUUCAUCUUGCUCUUCUAGAGGAUAAUUUUGUCAAUGAAAGCACCAAGAUCAGAAAUAUUUUGAAUAUUAUGAACUUUAUUCCCCAGCCUAUAAAACCAGCUAACAAAUUUUAUCAGUAUCAGGUAGACAAUCUAUUAAAAAGAGACGCUGAAAAGUCUUCAGGUCUGAUCGUGGCUACUAUUUCUGAUAAGUUCACUCCAACACAAGACCUGUGCUGCUUCAGCAAGGAUAAAUAUUAUAAGUACUCUACUGACAGGAAAGAAGAAAUUGAAAACAAUUUGAAAUGGAGGGAAGCUGAUGUAGCUACCAAUAUUGAAAAGAAUGACCAGAUGAAGUAUCAGUUGUCAGUGGCUUGUAAGGACGUAGAUAUUAUGACCCAAGUCAGGUACUGGGAUGCUAGUUCUUCCUACUUCAGCACAAGUAACGCUGUGAUAAACUGUGGAAUACUUACAGCUUUAUGUCCUGUGUCAAACAACACAGACACUUUAAGAGCUGGUGAGAAGGAAAAAAGAGUGGAGAAUUCCUGUACAACUGGUAUAGAAGGAGGAGAUAUUCCAGAAAUGACAGUGGGUUAUACACCAUGUGAAGAUGAUGAGCGCGUGAACUUCAUGCUUGGCAAUCAUGAUUUAGAUUCUUCCUGUACAAAUGAAGUGAUAGAGGCCUACUGUGCCUUAGAAGGUAACUCUGUAGCUGCAGUCAUUCCCAGAGUGCAAGAUUGUUCUGGAAAACAAACAGAAAACAAUGUUUGUCUUCUUGAAUUUGAAAAGAAAAAAGAAGCAACGCAAGAUACGACUGCAGAAGAUCAAAGUGAGCUUGUACCUGUUGCCCACAUUAUGUUCUCUGAACAAGAACCAGCUAAGGAACCCAUUGCUAAAUGUCCUGCCGGGAGAAGGAGUGUCAUUCAUAGCCUCCCUCCUCGUGUUAGUCAGAGCUGCAAUGUUCCUGCUUGCAAAGAAAAUGACAAAGGUGAGAUAAAGAUGAAGAGAAACAAACGUUCAUCAAAAUCUAAAAUAAGUAGCAAGAUAAAGAUAGCUGAAGGUGUAAUUGUUUCUGGUGAGAUUUCCACAAAAUAUAAUACACAAGAGAUGAAUGCCAAGAAUCGGAUUUUUCCAUCUUUGCAACUGCCAUGCAUGGAAUCUGAGACUUCCCUGAAACGUCAAAAAAAAAUACCUCAAGCAAACAAAUACCAUUUUCCUCAGAGUGCUCAAAAACUUAAAAAGCAAAGUUUCUCCUGCAGCUGCAAAAAUCCAGUUAUUUUAAAGAAACCUGUUACUCCUCUUUCUCUACCGUGUGCACAGUCUGCUUCAGAUUUUGUACAUCUGAAAUACAGUGACAUGUUCAAGAAAAUAAAUUCAAAUGACAAUGGUCCAGGUAUUUAUGAAAUGUUUGCAACUCCAGUCUAUUCCCACAUGCGUGAGCUUGAUCAACAUGAGAACAGUUUUUACAGAGAUGUUUGUUCUGCUCCACUUGGGAGAUGCACUGCUAGCACCUGCAGAUCUACCUGCAAUAAAAGGAGAGAGAGCAGCCAAGUAAGAAACACUCAAAAGAGAACGUAUUCUAAGCCAAAGAAGACCGUAUCUGGUACCAAACAAAAGCAGAAAGGCUUAAUUCCAAAGGACAAAAGUAUCAAAUUCAGUGAUAGCAACACAGAGCAAGAUAAUGUAAUAACUUCUGGUCCGGAUUGUCAAAUACAAACUUCAAGGAUCAUGUCGCUGGUUUGCGGAGACUUAGACGAUCAGCUUAUAUUUUUAGAAGAGCUUUCACAGUCAACCAAACAAAAUAAAAAAAAUUCAAAUUCAAAGUUAUCUCCUAUUACAGAAGUCUCUUUGGAGAAGUCUUUAGACAGUCAGGGUCUAUCCAACCAUCAGAUAGCUUCUACCUGUAGCCAGAAUCUUCUUCAGUUAAGUGAUAAAGACUACACAGAAUGUGCUGCUGUACGCAGCAGUUCAUUGACAACAGACCAGAACAUUUGUGUACCCCAGUACAGGGUGGAUAAGGACGGCUGCACAGGCCUGGAAUCACACCAGACCUCCUUCAGGACUAUAAAUCGACAUGAAUCAUUGCACUUUUCAGACAGACUGCAGUGUCAAUCCCUUGCAAAAAAAUCAAGUCAGAGUUGGGCAUACACACCUCAGGGCAGUAGCUUGGCAAAUGAAUUUACUCAGCCUUCAGUGAUUCAGACAACAAAUGUUACAAGUCCCAGUUUCCAGACAAGUCAAAACAUUUUGUCCUGGGCAGGUAAAAAGGACAUGACUGACGAGUUGCUUUGUUGUCUGGCUGCAGAAUUGCUAGUGCUUGAAGAAAAAGACAUCAACUCUUCAAGAACAAAAAUUGCAGAUUCUAAAAUGCAGAAUGCCUAUGCGAAAGAAGGAAAUACGAUGAACGGAGAUGGAGAAAUACUAAAUAGUGCUCUAGUGAAGAGUUACAGUAGAGCCUUUUUGGGAUCAAAUGAAGAAAGAGACCUGCUAAACAUUGAGGAAUCUACUGAAGUGCCUGGAAGCAUUUUAACUAACAAGGAUACUAUCACGUGGACGAGAGGUGAAGUUCUUGGAAAGGGAGCCUAUGGCACAGUAUACUGCGGUCUGACAAGCCAAGGACAAUUAAUAGCAGUAAAACAGGUUGUUUUGGAUACGUCAGAUCAACUCACUACAGAAAAGGAGUAUCAGAAGUUGCACGAGGAAGUUGAUCUUUUGAAGACACUGAAACAUGUCAAUAUUGUAACUUAUUUAGGAACUUGUCUGGAAGACAACAUGUUAAGCAUUUUCAUGGAGUACGUUCCCGGUGGCUCAAUUUCUAGUAUUAUUCAUCAGUUUGGUCCGUUGCCAGAAAUUGUCCUUUGCAAAUACACAAAACAAAUUCUAGAGGGGGUUGCAUACUUACACGACAAUGGCGUGGUGCAUAGAGAUAUCAAGGGCAAUAACGUUAUGCUCAUGCCAAGCGGUAUAGUAAAGCUAAUCGACUUUGGCUGUGCCCGGCGCUUAGCCUGGGCAAGCCUCAGUGGCACACACAGCGAGAUGCUUAAGUCCGUGCAUGGGACUCCGUACUGGAUGGCACCAGAAGUUAUAAAUGAAUCUGGAUACGGAAGAAAAUCGGACAUCUGGAGCGUUGGCUGCACCGUGUUUGAGAUGGCAACAGGAAAACCACCGCUGGCUUCCAUGGGCAGGAUAGCAGCCAUGUUCUAUAUCGGGGCCCACAGAGGGCUGAUGCCUUCCCUGCCUGACCGAUUCUCGGGAACUGCGGCGGAUUUUGUGCAUGCGUGCUUGACCAGAGAUCAACAUGAACGCCCUUCUGCCCUGCAGUUGCUGGACCAUCCCUUUGUGAAAGGAAGACAGUGAAUUUUUCAAAACUCCUGCCAUAUGAGUUUACCUUUCACAUAAAAGAAGAUUUCCACUGGUGGAAAAGAUCAGAAGUAGCUGGACUUAAAAGUGACAGCAGAACUUACUAGAGGUAACUUUGUAGACAAGAAGGCUAUUUUUAGGUGGUGAUUAACAUUUUUUUGCGAUGUCCGUGCUCAUUGGAAUGGGCAUUCCUUCACUGUGAACACAGGGCCGUACAAUUUGUUGCAUUUGAACAGACUUAAAAAAAACACCCCACAACACUACCCCCAGUCCAUGACAAGCAAGGUACGUUGGCAGUGCCAAUUUGUCUGCAAAAACCUUUGGAACGUGUGGUAUCAGCAGAAAGCAUUGCAGAUACAGAAAGCUCUACUCAGACUCAUAGAUGAGUGUUUAAAUGUGCCUGUAAUCCCAUGAAAAUGCCAAACGAUGCAGUUAUGUUGGCAUAAAACAUACUGAAGCUUUUGUUUAGUUAGAUGUGCCUUUCAAUUUUAGCUGGUGGAAAGAACCACAAAACUAGUCUUUGUACACACGUAUCAAUCCUUUUUAUCCUUUGCUACUGAGGUUUAUCAGCUACAAGAUACUGGAGUGAUAAUGAUGAGAUGCCCAGCUGUACACAGACUUACCCUUACUGAGCUUGCAUCAAGCUAUUUUCUUAGUCUCUCUAGAAUUAUGAAUCAGAGAUUUGAGAGUGUCUUUUCUGGAGAUGGCCCUGUCCAACCCCACUGCUCUGAACUGGGCUGCUCAGGCCCUUGUCCAUUUGGCUUUUGCAUAUUGCCAAGGGUGCUUUUUUUUUUUUUUUUUUUUUUUUUUUUUUACAGGUAGUUAGUGUAACUAGCUACUACCUACUACUAACUGCAUGUAAUGAAAUAACAUUUGAAGAACAUUAUGAUAUAUCAAUUAAAAAGAAAAAAAGAUUCAGGAAUUAGUAUUUAGACCGUCCUCUUCCUGAUGGGGCUUCUUUCACAGUAUAUUUAUGAUUUCAGGGGAAUAAAACAUUGCAGAAGCCAUUAAAAUGGGGUGAACUUUAUGUUCUUGUGAGUACCUAGUUUCUAGGAAGACGUAGUAAAACUCAGCCCUAGAACUUUCAAGGGCUGAGCCCUCAAGAGUUCAAGACCCUGACUCUUCUACCAGCAGUGAAUUCAAAAAUGGGUGUUUUACAAAACAAAGAAAGAAAGCAACAAAAAGUUGUGGUUUAUAAAAGAUCAACUUCCCCCAGAGCGUUUAGCAUUUUAGUUACUUAAAUAGUUUUCAAAUUUUAUUUUAUUCCAGUAGCCUGACUUCAGAGAGCUGUUUGGUCUAAACUUUAUAAAAAUGAAGAGAAAUCAGUAAGUACUUUUAGCAAAA